UGUAAACUCUUUUUAAAAAAUUCUGCAGUCCACCCUUCACUCCAAAUUCUCUCACAUCCCCAAAUUCUAGGGUUCUUUUCCCGAUCCUCUUCACUCCUCGCCUUAACAGGGUCUUGGAUAGUAACUUGUUAUUUAUGAGGCCAAAUAUUAGCAUUACUGGGUGUAAGUUUGCGAAUUGAUUCCAUCACAAUUUUGUGUGUCUGGCUCACUUUUGAGGCCACAUCAACCACUUAGAGAAAUCAAAGGAGCAUGCAAUCCAAGCCUAAGAGUGUUAACCAAGGACAACCCAACCCUUAUAAUGUUGCAACCUCAACUGGAUAUUCUGAUCCUUGGUUGAAUAAUAAUGGAUUUAACUCCUUUUCCCCCAUGAUGAUGCGGGAAAAUGCAUCAGAUUCAUCAUCGCCGGAACAAUCCGUGGAUGAGCAGUCACAGUCUGAAGGUGGGAUAAAUGAAGAUGAUGAUACUGCCAAACAGUCACCAAGCACUUCAUCUUUGCAGCCUGAAAGAAACUAUGAGCGGGAGGGUCCGAAGCAUCUGCAAGUUCCACCGACCUUCCAUCCAAGACCUGAUGUAAGCUUCAACCAAGCUCCACAAGCUGAGCUCGUUGCACACUCAAUUGCCUGUGGAUCUAAUCCGUACGAUCCAUAUUAUGGAGGAAUGAUGGCAGCUUAUGGCCAACCUUUGGUCCCUCCUCAUUUGUACGAUAUGCACCACACAAGGAUGCCUCUACCCUUGGAGAUGGCGCAAGAGCCUGUAUAUGUUAAUGCCAAGCAGUAUCAUGGUAUUCUGCGAAGACGACAAUCCCGUGCUAAAGCAGAGCUAGAGAGGAAACUAAUAAAAGCCCGAAAGCCUUAUCUCCAUGAGUCCCGGCAUCAACACGCCUUGCGGAGAGAAAGAGGUUCUGGUGGUCGUUUCGCAAAGAAGUCUGAUGCGGAUAGCUGUAAGGAUACAGAGCCCAGCUCAGGCGGUGUCUUGUCUCACACCAACAGUUCAUCACGUGCCAAGUCCUUCCUCUCUGGAACUAAAUUGCCUGGGGUUCAGACCAAUGCUGGUGCAUGCAAUUUUAGGAAGCAAACCAACUUGCAGAAAUCUCACCAGCCCCUUUCUCACUAAAGACAGGGAAAGAACUACAUAUGCAGGUGGUGGUGAUUUUCAAAGGCUUAAAAUCCCGGCUUUUCACUAGCUGGGCGGCAAUUCAUUCUUGGCUUGUUUCGAUGACUAUUUGUUACUUUCUGUAUAAAAUCUUGUGAGCGAGUGGGAAGGAAGCUUGAGUUUUUAAUAGGCAAAACCUACUUUUCCUAGAAUUAUUGAAGCUUGAGUUUUGAGUAGGCGAAAGCUACUUUUCCUAGAAUUAUUGUAAAGUUGUGCUUCAUGUUUUUAAUGCUUGGAGUGGUCGAAUUUCCAGA